AUGAAUCAUUUUGAACGUAUACGCAAUAUCCAAGGAUUUUUACGCAAUAUAGAAGGCUGGCUCUUUGCUAAUGAUUUGAGUCCACAGGAUCGACUGGAAAUCAUGACUAUACCCAACUGCGUUCUGGUAACUGGUGUUACCGGAUUUCUUGGGAAAGUCGUGCUAGAGCAUCUUGUGCGUCAGCACAAGAAGUUAAAUUGCACCAAAAUCAUUGUUUUGGUACGAGGGAGAAAUGGCAUCGACGGUGAGCGAAGAUUCCGAGAGACAGUUGUCCCAUCGGCAUGUUUCUCUCUAUUACUGGAGGCCUGGGACAACAUGGUAGAGGUGGUGACGGGUGAUCUGGUGGAUUCUGACUUGGGCAUUCUUGAUUCAAUAUCUGAAAGGAUCCAAACGGAGAUCACACAUAUCAUCCACUGCGCGGGCUGUGUGAAAUUCGACCGAGCACUAGCAGAGGCAGCGGCAGCAAAUGUCUCAACUGUACUGAACAUUCUGGAAUUUGCUCGCAAGUGCACUCAUUUCCAACAUCUUGUCAGCACUUCUACUGCAUAUGUGACUCCCCAUCGUCUCGGUCCAAUCCGCGAGACUCUCACACCUCUUCCUUACGAACCAUCUGAAGUGUAUCGAGAUAUCUUGGAUGGAAAAACAUCUGAAACUGAGCUGCUGAAUCAGACCAAGCAUCCAAAUACCUACACUCUAUCCAAAUGCAUCGCAGAGCACAUGCUAGUCGCCAACAGAGGCUCUGUUCCAUUGACCAUUGUACGACCAAGUAUCAUUUCGGCGAGCUGGCGUCUACCCUUCCCUGGAUGGAUCGACAGUCUCAGUGCAUUCGCGGGAUUCCUUGCUGCAUAUGGAAAUGGACUCCUUGGUGUGAUAGAUGCCGACUCUCAGACCAUCCUGGACAUCGUUCCCGUCGACGAGGUAGCCAACCGACUGCUUGGCGUGACGUUCCAAGAAACGGCCCCGUCCGCUGUACAAAUCAAGUAUGCCACUGCAUCACUGUGCAACGGCCUCCCAAUCAGCAUGGUCUGUACCAACUCGAUCAAACACUUUCUGCAACACAGAGCCGCCUCAUUUCGCUCACCAAAAGUUCACUACCUUGGCCCUCGCGGUAUUCAAUUUCACAUCUACGAUACUAUCUAUCAAAAACUCCCACUCUUCCUGGCAUCUGUAUUCUACACUCUUUCGCAAAAUGAUAGAAUGCGACGAAGACUAGUCCGCAUUCGGGCUGGUCUAGCAAGUCUCAAUCGUGAUUUUCCUUAUUUCACCCAUCAUUCGUUCAAUUUUCGCCCUUCUACGCACCUGCCGGACGAUUUCGAACCUGAGCAGUAUCUUGAGACCACACUUCAUGGCAUUCGCAAGCACCUUCUCCGAGACCCAGCUUCUGACACGAAACCCCUCAAACUUUCCAAGCCUAUUCGUCAACUCACAUCAUCGAGUCAACUUCUACAGGCUGCCAUGAGUUUUCGAAUGAGUCCUUUUGCUGUUCUUGUUGGAACCCUUGGGGUAGCUUGUGUGUGGCGUUUGAGUCAAGUAGACAGUCAUGCUUGGAGAUUGCCUGAUUUAUUGGCAUGUUUUUCAUGA